AUGGAUAUGUUGAAUCAGGAGAAGAAAACCACAGGCCACAAGAACAUUGAGAUCAAGAAGAUUGUCAAGAAAGAAUAUAAGCAGAUCACGUUCUCGAAACGACGCCCAGUCCUGUUCAAGAAAGCAAGUGAACUAUGCAUUUUAUGCGAUGUUCAAAUAGCAAUUGUUGUGUUUUCUCCAGGUGGAAAAUUGUUCUGCUUUGGCCAUCCCAACCCAAAAACCGUCAUCACUCGCUAUCUCAAUGGAACUACUUCUGAAGAUUCGGAACCUGGAAAGCCAAGACCCAUGCCUUCAACAUAUGAAGGGUACAAUAAACGAUACGAGGCGGCGAUAAAGAGAUUGGAGAUGGAGGAGAAGACACUAGAAGAGAUGGAAUUUAUGAAGUUUUUGAACGUAGGAGAAUGGUGGAACGAUCCGAUUGAGGAGAUGAGGGUUGAUCAAGUUGAGCAAUUUAUGUUGUGUUUAGAUGACUUAAGGGUAAAUCUGGUAAUAAAAGCAAAUGAAUUGGCGAGGAUGAAGAAAUCAGUUUUGUAG